AAAAUCCUUAUCUAGACAUGGAUGAUACUGUCAGUGUAACUAAUUUAUACCCACUUCAUCGCUGUAAAACAAUUCACCUGGUAAGGCAUGCCCAAGGGUUCCAUAAUGUAGCAGGAGAAAAGGAACAUAGUGCUUACAUGUCAGAAGAGUUUUUUGAUGCAAAACUCACAGAUCUUGGCUGGCAGCAGGUUGACAAUCUGCGCAAACAUGUUCAUUCAUCUGGAAUUGAUCAGAAGGUUGAAUUAGUAAUUGUUUCUCCAUUGUUAAGGACCUUGCAAACUGCAGUGGGUGUUUUUGGCGGUGGUUACACAAAUGAGACAGAAGAUCUCCUAAUGGUGGAAAAUGCUUUGGACAGUAACCGAGCUGCAAUCUCAAGCCUAGAUUGUCCUCCUUUCCUAGCAGUAGAGCUUUGUCGAGAACGAUUGGGAGUACAUCCAUGUGACAGGAGGAGAAGCAUUAAUGAAUACAGACCUGUUUUCCCUGGAAUUGAUUUUUCCCAGAUUGAGAGUGAUGCCGACAUUAUGUGGAAACCUGACAUAAGAGAGAAGAAUGAAGAUGUUGGCAUCAGGGGAAUGCAAUUCCUGAAUUGGUUAUGGACAAGGAAAGAGCGAGAGAUUGCGGUUGUGACUCACAGUGGUUUAUUGAUUAAUACUAUGACUGCAUUUGCAAAUGAUUGUCACCCAUCCAUGAAGAUUGAGAUAAGCAAACCAUUCAAGAAUUGUGAACUUCGUUCACUAGUUAUGAUUGACAGAUCAGGGAUACAAUAAACUACAUAUUAAUGCAAAUACUAUAUCGA